AUGCCAGCCGCCACCCCCCACCACACCCUCCACCCCGUCACGCCCUCCGACACCCCCGCCCUCAUGGCCGUCGGCGCCGCCGCCUUCGAGCACGACCUCCUCCGCCUCGCGACCUGGCCGGCGCUCUCUCCCACCGCGCCGCCCUCCGCCCACGCCGCCGAAUACGAGUUCCGGCGGCGGCGCCAGCUCAAGCGGCUGGCCACGCCGGGCGUCGUCAUGCACAAGGUGCUGGCGGACGACGGCACCAGCGUCGCGGGCUUCUCGGCGUGGGUGGCGCCGAAGAAGAGUGAAGACGCGGCGGCGCAGCUGCAGGGUGGUAGCACCGUUGCUGAGGCGGUGAAUCCGGGGGGCGAGGUGCCUGAGGGUGCGAACAGGGCGAUUUUUGAGGCGCAGCCGCGGCUGAUGGAGGAGGCGAAGAGGAGGGUUUUGGGGGAGAGGUCGGAUUUCUGGUAUUUGACGUCCCUGGCGACGCAUCCGGAUCAUCAGGGGAAAGGGGUGGGAGCGGCGCUUGUGCGGUGGGGGAUCGAGCAGGGAGAGAGGGACGGCGUGCCGGUGUAUUUGGAGGCGACGCCGGAUGGGUAUUUCUUGUAUAAGAAGUUGGGGUUUGAGCAGGUGGAUGAGAUUGAUGUGUCGGAGCUUGUUCCAAACUGCGGGAGUUAUAAGAUAGUCUGCAUGCUGAAGAGGCCAAGUUCGGAGACGCAGACGCAGACGCAGUAG